GCAGCGCAGCCAAUGGGGCGUGUGCCGCGGUGCCGGCGUGGCGCGGGGAGCGGGCUGUGAUUCGCUGGAGGGGACGCGGGCGUGUGACGCUGGGCGCGACACGUCUUGCCAUGCUCGUCCACUGGCUCCUCCUCGCUGCCCUCCCGCCCGCGCUCGCAGACGCGUCGCCCCGCCUCUUCCACCGCCUCCUCGACCCCGCCAGCCCCGACGCGCCCUUCGUUCCCCGUGCCGUCCUCUCGGUCACCGGGUCUCGCCAUGCCGCCCGCGCCAGCCUCGCGCCCGCCCAGAGCCUCGAGGCCGACCUCUCCCAAUUUGCCACCGCCCUUCAGCACACCCCUGGCGCGCUCUACCAGGUCGCACUAGAGCGCGAGGGCGCAGACCCCUCGACAUGGGACAUUUCGUCCGUCAAGGCCUGCUACCUGCCCCACAGCACGUCCGAGGAGAUCACCGUUCACCUAGACUCGGAUGGCACACCCUUCGCGGUCGACUACUUCGUCGGCCCUGUCCCACAUGACGGCUCGUGCCCCAAGCACAAGCGCAGCCACAGAAAGAGCAAUACAAAAAUACCACCAGGCGAGGCGUCGCCCGAGAGCGAGAGCGCUCCCGAGCUGUUCCAUACGCAGAACACGACCAUCUUGCUUAAGUCACCGAGGCUGCCACCUCUACCGAGCCUGCGCGUCCCACCGCCGUUAACGCCUGAAGGCACUCCGUUUGUGGCACCUCCUGAGAAGUCGUUCCUGCAGAAAUACUGGAUGUAUAUUGCUGUAGCCGUAGUCGCGCUCAUGAUAGCCCCGGGAGGCGAAGAAGAGAAGGAGGGUGGCGGCGGUGGUGGCAGGCGAUGAAUGGUUCCCCGCAACUGUUGAACUAGAUGUGUGCGGCUGGCACAUGUUCAGCUCCCAGGUUGUCUCGGUAGCAUCUGGUCUCAGCAUCUGUGCGGGGAAUAGCCAUAUGCAGAUCGCUAUCCACCGCCGCACUGCAUCCUCUGAUCGGCCGCACGCGUCAGGUUGCUUCUCGACGUGUCCAGGUAGACGUACCAAGCAUGCUGUACAAUAAAGGGCGUUGAUUCAUUAGUAAUUUCUAUAUUGCCCCGCAGGCAAAUUUUCCCAAAA